ACUUUCAUAAACCAUUAAUAACCAUCCACAAUAGUACUACUAUAUCUCAACAAUUAAAAGACUUUAGUUGACUACCAAUGAUUCCUAACUCCAAUUUGUCAUAAAAAAACAUAAAAUAAAUAUUCUUACCUAACUAAUUUCCACAAACAAUAAAAAAUACAACAAAAAGUGAACUCCAUUACCAUGUUUUACUGCUCUGUUAUUCCCAAAACCAAUACUCUCUUUCAAAAGCAUCUCUCUCUAUCAAACCCUAACAAACGCGUUUCGUCUUCAAUUCAACAAACCUCAGAUCAGAGAAGAAGAAAAUGGCACCAAUCUUCAAUUCUCUUCCCUUUUACGCAGUUUUCCUAACCCUAACCCUAGUUCAAUUCGCCCAUGCUAAUUCUGAAGGAGAUGCUCUUUACACACUCAAACGAAGUCUCACUGAUCCUGAUAACGUUCUUCAGAGCUGGGAUCCAACUCUAGUUAGUCCCUGUACUUGGUUCCAUGUUACAUGUAACCAAGAUAAUCGUGUUACUCGAGUGGAUCUUGGUAAUUCUAACCUAUCUGGACAUUUGGUACCUGAACUCGGGAAGCUAGAGCAUCUGCAGUAUCUUGAGCUGUACAAAAACAACAUUCAAGGAACUAUUCCUGCAGAGCUUGGAAACCUCAAGAGUCUAGUUAGCUUGGACUUGUAUAACAACAACAUAUCAGGAACCGUCCCACCUUCAUUGGGGAAAUUGAAGAAUCUCGUCUUUUUACGACUUAAUGACAAUCGACUAACUGGCCCAAUCCCCAGGGAACUUGUUGCUAUUUCAAGCCUUAAAGUAGUGGAUGUCUCCAACAAUGACUUAUGUGGUACAAUUCCUACUUCUGGGCCAUUCGAGCAUAUUCCAUUGAAUAACUUUGAGAAUAACCCUCGUUUGGAAGGUCCGGAGUUGUUGGGACUCGUAAGUUACGACACAAACUGCUCAUGAAUCAUGUGAUGUCUUAGGAUCUCAAUCUAUGUUGAAUUAUGUGUGUAUUCUAAAAUUGAAGUGUAUUACGUCAUAGUGUAAUGGGGUGUGGUGUAUAUGAAAUUUACAUACUGAAGAACAUUGGCAUUUGUAACUGUAUUAUGCAUCUUCUACUGAAGUUGUUGUCUUGAGAGUAUCUAUCUAUUGAUGUAAAAUACUAGAAAAGAAAACACUUGGUCACUGAUAAAAUAUUUGUGACUCAGUUAUUAGUAAUACUGUUUGUUAGUUCCUAGUGGAAGCCUUGUUAUUAUUUCUAAUGACAAUGCAAGUGCCUGGAGAGUGUUUUACCACUUAAGGAUUGAUG